AUGUCGCGUCUCGCUACCUCCUCUAGGAGGGCUGCGCGCGUGACGCAGAAAACCAAACUCCUCGUCUACAGGGGAUCGGACAAGGUCGACCAAAGCGCGGCCGAGACGAUUGUGUGGAACGCGGAGUCUGCUUCCGAAGCGGCGACCAAACACCAACACGUCGGCGCAAAGGGAGUCGAGACCGGCGAGCUCUUGGAGCACCACCUGCAAGCCGCACUCUCGUCUGCAUCCUUAUUGCACUCCCGCGAUGCGACCAAACCGUCCAGUCCCAGCCAGUCUCGUGCAAGCUCGACCAAACCCGAGCAAGCACCUACACAGGGCACCACAAAUGCGGUACUCAACUACCACAUUCCAACACCGGAUGCCACUGGUCUCAUGGACACCACCAACUAUGCCAAGCUCUACCAAACCCACAAGUGGGCCGAGCCGGUCAACUACAUUCGUUUCUCCGACACCGUUGAGGAGAGCUCGUGUGGAGCGGGUGGCCUCGGCUACUGCAUGGACGACGAGGACAUGACCUUCCUCACCACCUUCAACGGCAAGGCCGAAGGCGGAAGUGGCGGCGCGGUCUCGCAACCCACUUCGCCCGUCCAAGCCCGUGGUGAGCGUCGGGCGGCCAAGGGGAAGGAAAAGGAAAAGGGCGGCGACGCCCCGACCCAGCUCUUCAUCUCCGAGGACACGUUCGAGUACAUCAUGGGUGUGCUGGAAAAGCACGCCGAAGACACCGUCCCCAUGCUCCACACAAACCUCUCCCUCAUGCCCACCUUUUCCCAAUGCGAACCCCUCUUUUCAUCCCCACUCGCUUCAUCAUUCUACCCUUCCAACGAGGUCCCCAAGGGCCUCCCCGAGGCUCGCGCCUUGGCUCGCAUGGCCCGCUCCGUGUAUCCGCACUGGAAGGGCCGACGAGAGCGUCGCCAGGGCAAGUCUGUCCAGCCCAUGCUCAACUACGACGAGACCAACGAUGGCGACCCCUACGUCUGUUUCCGUCGUCGUGACGUGCGUGCUGCGCGCAAGACUCGCCGCACCGACAACUUUUCCGUCGAGCAGUUCCAAAAGCUCCAGUACGAACUCCGCCGCGCCUAUGAGCUUUCUCAACUUGUCCUCAAGCGAGAGACCGAGAAGAAGGCUCUGUACGCAGCAGAGAAGGACGUAUGGGAGGCCAAGUGGAAGCUGUUCGAAACAAAGCGACGCUGGCCCUCUCUCGGUAUCUCUCGGGACGAGGAAGAGAUCAUCACAGGCCGCCAGAAUGGUUCGGCAGCAGCCGCGGCUGCCGUCGCCGCCAUCAACGGCCAGAUGGCUCUCCACGGCCACCCUCUUUCCGCCAUCAACAACAACCUCCCCCACCGCAACCGCAAGGUGCUGGACAAGGAAAAGGAGGACCGCGACCGUCGCGACCGCGCCAUGGAGGCUUCCCGUACCGUCGACCGUCUCGCCAACCCGGGCAAGUCGAUGGCUCCAGAGUCGAUCCGCGAGCGCCUGCAGGCUCUGCACUCCAAGCUCGACGAGGAGCUCGCUCGCCGAAAGGCGGCAGAUGCCCACUGGGACGACUACACGGAUGCCUCGUACCAACCCCUUCCUUCCUCCCACGCCGCCCACGCCUAUCGUCAGAUUGGCAUUCUCGACCCCCACCACCGUUCAGAAGACUCGGACGAUGACGACGACGACGACCGCCGCCUCGUCCACCCCAUGGCGUUCCGUCUGCGCAAGGGCCGUGGUGGCCGUAUGGUCCUCGACCGCCGUCUCCCGGCAUAUGCCUCGGGCCGCGGUGCCAUGCCCACAUCGCCCGACAAGCUCAAGGGCUGGCUCUUCCCGGACACGGUCGGCUCUCACCCUUCCCGCCGUCGCCCUCGCUCGAUUGACGACGACGAGGACAUGAAGAGUGACGACGACCUGGAUGUGCACGAGGCCAAGCGCCAACGUACCAGCGAGAAGAUGCGUUACGACGCGUCGCGUGGCGGUGCGCUCGGCAUUGGCAUGGGUCUCUCGGGCGACGACGACCGUGUCGUCCUCGACGACUAUGACUCCAAGUACAUUCGCCACCGCAUCACCCUUCUCCAGGACGACGACCUCAUCAAGCUCCGUCCCGACCUCACGCCCAUUGCUCAGGCCCUCGCGGACAUUGAGUCGCCCAUCGAGUUGCCGCCGCCGCCCAAGUUUAUCAAGCCUGCCCCGACCAACCCGCAGCUCGUCCAGUACCAACAGCAGAUGCUCCAGCAGCAGCAGAUGGAACAGCUCCAGCGUUUCCAGCUGCUCGCUCAGCAGCAGCAGGCAAUGGAGCAGGCGCGUCUGCAGCAGCAGCAACAACAGCAGCAGCAGCAGGCCGCCUUCGCCGCGCAGGCUCAAGCCCAGGCUCAGGUUCAGGCUUUGACCCAGCAGCAGCAACAGCAGGCUCAGGCUCAGGCUCAAGCCCAGGCUCAGGCUCAGGCGCAAGCCCAGGCUCAGGCCCAAGCUCAGGCUCAGGCCCAGCAACAGCAGCAGCAAGCGGCCCAGCAGGCGGCUACCAAUGGCGCCGCUCACGGUACCCCGAACGGCACGCAGCAGAUGUUGCCACCCAACUCUGUUCCGCAGAACGGUCGCCCGCAGGUAGUCAAGCGUCCCUCGUCGUCCGCCGAGCAGCCGCGCUCGACGCCUUCGCCGCAGGUCACCCUCCAGCAGCAACAGGCAGCGCAACAAGCGGCUCAGCAGCAGCAACAGCAGCAACUUGCUCUCGCCGCCGCCGCUGCCCAGGGUUCGCCUGUCAAUGCUGGUGUCAUGCUCGCAAACGGCAAGCCGUUCGUGCCCGGACCCGGCGGCAUCCCUGGUGUCCCCACGCCCAACGGCGCUCUGGACCCUCAGAUCCAGCAGCAGCGCAUGGCCGCCGCCCGCGCACACAUUCUGGCCCAGCAGGCUCAGAACCAGCAGGCCGAGGUCAGCCUUGAGGCGCAGACUGCAGAGCAGCGCCGCGAGCUCGCGCUCCUGGCGCAGCAGAACGGUUUCGGCAACAACAUCCAGGCCUUCAUCGAUGCUCGCAACCGCCAGCGCCUCAUCAGCAUGGCCAAGCUCGCCGCCGCCCAGCAGGCCCAGGCCGCUGUCGCUGGCGCCCCCGUGCCCGUCCAGAUCACCACCCCGGGCGUGGCCGCCAACGGUGCUGGACAACCUGCCUUUGGCGGAAGCCCGGGCUUGACCCCAGCACAGUUGCAGCUCAAGCUGCCGCCUCACGCCGCUGCUCGCCUCGCGAACAAUCCGCCUACACCGCAGGCGCAGGCCCAGCGCUCGUAG